AUGAAUCAAGACGUGGAGGAGGCUGCAGGUCACAGUAAGACACUCAGACCAGAGUCUGCACUACACAGCGGUGUGACCAUGAAGAAUGACCAGGACAUGGAUGAUCCUGGAAACAUGAGCAGCACAUCAACACAGACCAAUGCAGGUGAUCAGUCCAUGCCUCUGCCUCUUAACUUCAGCAGUGAACCAGUUCCAUCAGUUCUAAAUGAAUUGAGUGCUGAUCUGACCCAGGAUCAGUCCAGGUGUGGAGUGUGUGAGAGGGUACUGAGGGACCCAGUCAUCACCACCAGUGGACACAGUUUCUGCAGGCAGUGCAUCAGCAGCUACUGGGAGCAGCCUGGACUACCAGGAGACCAAGCCUGUCCCCAGUGUGGAAAGACAUGCAGAACUCAACCUCCUCUACAGCCUCGUCUGGAUGAACACACAGACAUGGUAGAAAGCAGCAGACACCUGCACACUGAACACACACCAGAAAGAAGAAGCAAACUAGCUGAUGAAGUCCUGAGGAGAGUUAUAGAGAAGCAUAAAGCCAGUCUGAAGAGGAAGUUUGAGAACAUAUCUGAAGGCAUCAUCAAACCAGGAGCUGAGACACCCCUCAAUAAGAUCUACACUGAGCUCUACAUCACAGAGGGAGAGAGUGAAGGGGUGAAUAAGGAACAUGAGGUUUGGCAGGUAGAGUCAGCAUCCAGAGCACAAACCACAGAAGACAGACCAAUCAACUGCAAUGACAUCUUCAAGCCCUUACCUGGACAGGAGAAGCACAUCAGAACUGUGAUGACCAAAGGUGUUGCUGGCAUUGGAAAAACAGUCUCAGUGCAGAAGUUCAUUCUUGAUUGGAUAGAUGGGGUAGCCUAUCAGAAUGUAGACUUUAUAUUUCCCCUUCCUUUCCGUGAGCUGAAUUUGGUCAGGCGUGAUAAGUAUAGUCUUCACAAGCUUCUGCUUGACUUCCAUCCUGAACUGAAGGAGCUGAAGGAUGGUGAAGAAUACAAAGACUGUCAGGUUGUGUUCAUCUUUGAUGGUUUGGAUGAGAGUCGAUUACCUCUGAAUUACCAACAGAACAUGAUAUCUGACUGUAAACAAACAUCAUCAGUGGAUGUUCUGAUGACAAGCCUCAUUCAAGGAAGUCUGCUUCACUCUGCACGCAUCUGGAUAACCUCUCGACCAGCAGCAGCCAGUCAAAUUCCUGCUCAGUGCAUCGAUCAGGUGACAGAAGUACGAGGGUUCAAUGACCCUCAAAAGGAAGAGUACUUCAGGAAGAGAAUCAGUGAGGAGAGUCAGGCCAGCAGAAUCAUCUCACACAUUAAGGCAUCCAGGAGUCUCCACAUCAUGUGCCACAUUCCAGUCUUCUGUUGGAUUGCAGCCACUGUACUUCAGCAGAUGCUGGACAACACUAAAGACAUUCCAAAAACUCUGACUGAGAUGUUCAUACACUUCUUGCUCAUCCAGACCAGAAGGAAGGAUCAGAAGUAUCAGAGUGGAACUGAGACAGAUGGAGAGAAACUUUUAAAAUCUCAGAAAGAGAUUUCACUGAAGCUUGGAGAACUGGCUUUCAAGAAUCUAGAGAAUGGCAAUCUGAUGUUUUAUGACGAAGAUCUGAUAUAGUGUGGCAUUGAUGUCAGUGAAGCCUCAGUGUACUCUGGCAUGUGCACUGAAAUCUUCAAGGAAGAAUAUCUGUUUCAUGAGAGGAAGGUCUACUGCUUUGUGCAUCUGAGCAUCCAGGAGUUUCUGGCAGCUGUGUGUGUGUUUCACUCUUAUGUGACAAAGAACCUCAAGGCACUGAAAUCCCUCCUCAGUGAAGAACAU